AUGUCGAAUCGUUAUUCGGUCUAUUCGACUCAGUCCGCAGGCCUCUUGGCCGGACCUCGACCACAACAUGGAGCCCAGGUCUCAACCACGACAUUAUUGAAUGCCCUCCAUUCGUUUUACACUGCUGGCCAGCCGUAUCAACUAGACUCUGCCACCAGUCUUGUGGUUAACACAUGGGUCACUGCCGCAACUAUCUUGCCCGAUGGGCGAAAUGGCGCUACGAUUGACCGCGACCUGGCGAUCAGGGCCUGGGAACAUGCCCGACGCCGAGCAGAGGAUGGCUGCAUCGUCUUAGGCGCUCUGCAUCAAUCAACCCCGUCACUACUACAGCCGUUCCUCACAGCAAUUCCGGUCGAGACCCCAGAGGUAGCUUUUAGUGCACUCUCCGCUCUUCGACCUUUCCUGACCGCGGUCACCUCCUUCAACCCUUCCUACUCCCUGCACUCGGCAUUGGCUGCAACUUAUACAUUGUCGCUACAAGGAUCGGUCGUCGGACUCGCCUUUGCCCUAUCCACCUCUGGUAUCAAUGUACGGAAGGGUCUCCUCGAGAUCCAACCUGAGACUGGUUACCGUGCAUUCGAUGCCUUCUAUUAUCUUCUCACUUCUGCCUCUACGGCUGCGGAGCGUGAAUUCUUGGACUUGAAAGAACCCUCUGCGUAUUCCUUGCUCAGCCGAUCAAAUACCUAUACACCCCCACAUUAUCUUCCCACAGCCGACGACGCCGCUGCCGCGGAGGACUUCCGUGCCUCUUUGAAAGCCAUUGGCAUCAAGGGCGCUGCUCAGCGUGGCUUGCUUUCAGUCCUCGCUGGUCUUCUCAAGUUGGGCAAUGCGGCUGGCUUUGAGGUUGAUCAGGAGGAGCUGGAGGAGGUGUGUGAAGAUGCUGGUGGUCUUUUGGGAAUAGAUCCCGAGGUUCUUCUGCACCAAUGCUCAACCGAUGAGCGGGAGGUACUUAUAGCGGGAAUCUACGAGGCUCUUGUCGAUUGGGUCAUCAGUAAGGCGAAUGAAGCCAUUGCCGCGGAUAUUCAGGUUGCUUUGGAAAAUGACUCCAGUAACGGAGGUGCAGCACAAUUUUCAAAUGACGACACAGUUAACUUGACCAUUGUCGAUGUUCCACGACCAGCUCUGGCCAAAGCGAUCGCCAUGAGAGGAGUGUUCGACGAUAGCCUCGGACUCAACGCCGAAAUGCACGAUGAUGGAAUCCCCCUUCCACCUAUUGGCGGUUCUGUCAUCAGUGAAAUGAACUCUGCAGUAGCGCAAGUUGAACCAGAUCUUGGCAUCACCACUGGUGUUGCUGGCCGAGAACGCGAGCACGACCUCGACAAACGACAGGGUGUGCUGGAGAAAGUCGGUGUUGAACUCGAGGUCGACGCUUUUCUCCGACGCAUUCUAUUCCCCGUUGAUACAGAAGGUAUCUCUGUUGGCAAACGUGGCCGUUUCGAUCUUCCCACCACCCUCAACAGCAGCCGUGUCUGGUACCACCUCUCUCUUCACCCGACCGAUGACAUGCCCGAACAGCUCGCAGCAUCAGGAGCCUCCGCCUGGUCUGCUGGUGCGGUUUCGCGUCAGUUGCGAGACUGGCGACUUCCAGAAUGGGCCAACCGUCGUUUGAAGCAACUCGAUUUUACUGCCGAUUUUGACGUGGAAGAGUUUGUCGGACGGUAUGCGCGCCUUGGCUGUGCUGAAGGCCAGGAUGGUGUUGAGAAUUGGAUCAUCGAACGAGGCUGGAGCAAUGGUGAUGCUGUCGUCGGUGAACAGCGCGUGUGGAUGCGAGAGGGUGCCUGGUGGGAAGCGGAGAGUAUGCUAGAUCUCAAGCCUGAAGAGACUAACAUCAACAAUCCUUUCAUGUACGGUCCUGCCAUGUAUGACACCGGUUUUACCCCAGACGGAACUCCCAUUCAUGAAUCAUCCAAUCUUCUUGGCAUGCCUCCUUCGGGUCCCGUGGCUCAGAGUGUAAUGGGUGGUGCAAAAUCUGUUGCCCCCAGUGCGCCAUAUACGACUGCUGCCAAUACCGGUGACUACGGCCUUGGUCGCAAGGGUGAUGACAAGAAAGGUGACAUCGCAUACUACGACGAGUAUGGUCGGUACAUUGGUGAAUACGAUCCUGAAUUCGGUGACCCCAAGCACAUUGAGAAGAAAACCAUCACUGCCGGUCGUCGCAUAUGGGCUGGUUUCGUCUGGGCAAUGACCUUCUGGAUUCCUUCCUUUGUGCUCCAGUAUGUUGGCCGCAUGAAGCGCCCCGAUGUUCGCCUUGCCUGGCGUGAAAAGUUGGUCCUCGUCUUCAUGAUUCUGUUCUUCAACGGACUUGUCUGCUUCUACAUUAUUGCUUUCGGUGAUCUUCUCUGUCCCAACAAGGACAAGGCGUGGAACUCCAAGGAGGUUGGCUGGCACACCACGGACAGUGCAUUCUGGGUCAGCGUCCACGGCCGUGUAUACGACAUUACCAAGUUCUACCGCACCCAGCACAGUGACAUCACAGGUGAAGACACCAGUGCAUCCAACAUGGAACCGUUCGCUGGUUUGAACUUGGAUGCCUACUUCCCUCCUCCUCUCACUCGUUAUUGCUCCUCGUUUGUUAAAUCCUCGACUAUUGCCUUGUCAAACAACGACACUAAUGCCAUCGUUUACCCUACUGCCGAGCACCUCUCAGGUAAGCAAGCCACUGUCUCUACAUCGGCACUUGCUAGCGAAACUUGGUAUGAAAAUAAAUUUUUGCCAAAAAUGAAGACAUACUACAAGGGUGACUUGGUUUGGACAAAGAGUACCAUCAAAAAACAGGCCAAUGACGACAGUCGGUAUUGGGUUAUCAAGGACCAAAAGGUGUAUGACUUGACAAACUACUUCUACACACUGUCGAAGAUGAACAAUCUUGAUUCAUACAACUGGCUGCCAUCAUCUUUGACUACACUUUUCAAAGACAACAUGGGCGAGGAUGUUACCAGUCUAUGGCAAGACACAGACGACUUCAAAAAUGCCCAAACGUGUCUUGAUUACGUCUUCUACGUGGGCAAGGUGGAUUUCCGUGAAAGUGCGAGGUGUACUGUGAACAACUGGGUUCUGCUCACAUUCACUAUUCUCAUUUGUGCGGUCGUCCUCGUCAAGUUCCUAGCAGCCUUGCAGCUGGGAUCCAAGCGUCGGCCCGCUCCUCAGGACAAAUUCGUCAUCUGCAUGGUUCCCGCCUACACUGAGGGUGAGAACGAUCUUCGCAAGGGUCUUGAUUCUCUGACUGCCUUGCAAUACGACAACAAGCGCAAGCUCAUUUUCGUCAUCUGUGAUGGUAUGAUCGUCGGUGGUGGAAAUGAUCGUCCCACCCCUAAGAUUGUUUUGGAUAUUCUCGGUGUCGAUCCUAAGAUGGAUCCUCCAGCCUUGCCUUGCAAAUCCCUUGGCAACGGAAGUGAACAACUCAACUACGGCAAGGUCUACUCUGGUCUCUACGAGUAUGAGGGCAACGUUGUGCCUUACAUCGUGGUCGUCAAGGUUGGCAAGGAGUCUGAACAGCGCAAGUCGAAGCCCGGCAACCGCGGAAAGCGAGACACACAAGUCCUUCUUAUGCAAUUCCUGAACCGCGUCCACCACCGCUCGCCGAUGUCGCCCCUCGAACUUGAGAUGUUCCAUCAAAUCAACAAUGUUAUCGGUGUGGACCCGGAGCUAUAUGAAUACUGUCUCAUGGUCGAUGCGGAUACCACUGUUAGGGAGGACUCGCUCAAUCGACUGGUCGCUGCUUGUGCAGCAGAUGCUAAGAUUGCCGGAAUUUGCGGUGAAACCAGUCUCCAGAAUGAGGAACGCAGUUGGUGGACUAUGAUUCAAGUUUACGAAUACUACAUCUCUCAUCACCUGGCAAAGGCAUUUGAGUCCCUUUUCGGCAGUGUUACCUGUCUUCCUGGCUGUUUUACCAUGUACAGGCUGCGGACUGCGGACAAAGGGCGCCCUCUCAUCAUCUCGGACAAGGUCAUCCACGACUAUGCUGAUAACGAUGUUGACACACUCCACAAGAAGAACCUUCUGUCUCUUGGUGAGGAUCGAUACCUUACAACCAUCAUGACCAAGCACUUCCCAGCUAUGUCAUACAAGUUCAUUCCCGAUGCCUACGCAAGCACAGCCGCCCCCGAGGCCUGGAGUGUUCUCCUGUCGCAGAGACGUCGCUGGAUCAACUCCACAAUUCACAACUUGGUCGAACUUGCUGCGCUAGAAGAUCUCUGUGGUUUUUGUUGUUUCAGUAUGCGUUUCGUUGUUCUCGUGGAUCUGCUCGGAACCAUCAUUCUUCCUGCUACUUGUGUUUACCUCACAUAUCUGAUUUACCUAGUGGCUAGUCACACGGGCCCCUUCCCCAUGAUCUCGAUCAUCAUGUUGGCUGGUGUCUAUGGUCUUCAAGCGAUCAUCUUCAUCGUCAAACGCCAGUGGCAACACAUCGGAUGGAUGAUCAUCUACCUCCUCGCGUACCCCAUCUACAAUUUCAUCUUGCCACUCUACGCAUUUUGGAAGCAAGACGAUUUCACAUGGGGUAACACCCGUGUCGUCAUCGGCGAGAAGGGUGACAAACGAGUCAUCGCCGUGGAGGACGAGCUCUUCGACCCACGCAGCAUCCCUCUUCAGCGCUGGGACGACUACGCUAUGGCCAACAAUCUCCCCGGCCGCCGCGGCGACCUCGGCGCAAGCCAAGAGAAAGUCUACGCCACAGGCCGCUACGAUGAAGCCAUGGAAAUGGAUGACAUGCACUCCCAAUAUUCAUCCGUCAAGCCAGCCUCCACCAUUCUAACCGGCUUCCCCGGUCAAGGGCGUCACCAUCCAUACAUGCCCCCUCAGUCCCCUGCGCCAUUCGUCGGUGGCAACGUCCCCGGUAACCGCAACUCGCACAUGUCCAACUUCUCCCGCUACACGGAUCUACCGCAAAUGGGCCCUCAGAUGGGUCAUUCCGCAAAUGCCUCGCGCCACAUGUCCAUGGGUGGCCUCAGCGCCUACCAAGACAACCCGGUCAACUCGAGCAGACACAGCAUCGGCUUAAUGCAGAGCAGCGACAACCUCCUUGGCAACAACCGCUCCCGCAGCCCGUUCGCCCAAUACCCGUCCCGUCCCGCUAGCACCGCCUUUGACUUCCGCGCUGCUAGUGGGCCCGACGAUGGCGCCAUCACUGACGCCAUCCGCAGCUGUCUAGCCGAGGUCGAUCUAGACACAGUCACUAAAAAGCAGGUGCGUGUUCUUGUCGAACAACGCCUGCAAACCUCCCUCGCGGGCGAAAAACGGGCCUUCCUCGAUCGCCAGAUUGAUCAAGAACUGGCCAACAUGUGA